AUGAUUUUCGAAAAAUUUCACCCUGAAGAAAAAUACACAACUCGAAUUAAGAAUAUUUUGACUGAAUACCCAGAUGGAUCCCAAAUCCUUAGAGAAAUUUUACAAAACUCUGAUGAUGCGAAAAGCACUGUUCAAAUUUUCAUUUUGAACCAUAAAACCUAUCCUUCUGAAGCAUUGUUUGAUCCAAAACUUAAAAGAUAUCAAGGCCCUGCACUUUUGUCUGCUAAUGACACAAUUUUUCAACCAGAAGAUUUUAAAUCUUUGAUGUGUGCUCAAUUAUUUCUGGAUCUUCCUACGUUCUUAUCGAUCCUCAUGCGCGAAAAUAUUGUGAAAUGGAAGCUGGACAGAGGGCAUCCUGAUCAAUUUAAUCCUUUUUUGGUUGAUUUCAUAAAAUCAAAAUUGAUUACAAAGAAUCCUCAUCAAUUCGAUGAUAUGCCAGAUGGGUUUCAUAAUGGAACAAUAUUUCGAUAUCCGCUUCGAACUUCUAGGGAUGCAGAGGAAUCAGAGAUUUCUAAUAAACAGUACAACAUUGAACAAAUAAAAGAAUUGUUUAAAAUUUUUUUCAAUGUUGAUAAUGUUUCUUGUCUCCUGUUUUUGAAGCAUAUUGAAAAGAUUUUAUUCUUUGAAAUUAAAGAAAAUGAAGAUAUACCUGAUCUCUUGUAUGAAAUUGGGGUUGAUAAUGUAAAUGAAAUAAUUCAUGAAAGGGAAUUGUUAACUAAAAAUAUGAUAUCAAUGAUGAAAUCUCCAACGGGUCAAGAUUCUUUUGAAACUAUUUAUAGAAUGAAGUUUUCUCAAAAGGCUAAGAAUAUAAAUAACAAAAGCGAUUGGUUAAUUGUUAACUAUACCUCUAGCACAAAUGAUGAAAAAUAUAUUAAAUUCAAAAAUCACAUUCGUGAUUGUAAAUUUGUACCAAGCGUCGGAUUAGCUGUACGAAUUGACAAAGUAUCUAAAAAUAAAGGAAAGCUAUUCUGUUUUUUACCCUUACCUGAUAAUUAUGAUGACUUUUCUGUUUCGGUUAAUGGUUGCUUUGCUGUCAGUAAAAACAGAAGAAAUUUAGAGAUUUCAAUGGAUGAAGAUCUGGUGCCAGGUGAUCUAUUACGUCUUAAAGGUGCAUGGAAUAGAUAUUUAUUUGAAAAGGCUAUCCCCGAAGCAUGGAAGAAACUUUUAACAGAAAUAAUAAAAAUAAAUAAUAGAAAUGUUUCACACGAAAACAUUUAUACGCUUUGGCCAUUGCCAGCUAAUGGAUCAUCUCAAGAAUUGGACACCAAAUAUUGUUUAUGGAAAAAUCUCUUACAAGAUCUCAUUAAUCUCCUCGAGCCUAAUCUUAAAGUUUUUUGUGGUCCUUCAGGGUAUUUAUCAAUAAAUGAUGGGUAUUUAAAUGACGAAGAUUUCUAUAAAUCAUCAGAUCUAUCCAAAAUAUUGGAAAAGCUAGGAUUUCCUAUCUUUGUAAAUAUUCCAAAAUCAAUUGUUGCAAAAUUAAAGGAAUCUUUAUACUACAAGGAUAUUUUAAAAUAUAUUACGCCAGAAAAAGUAUGCGAUUAUCUUAAGAAAUCGGACAAACCAAUAAAUACUCUCCUUGAUCGCCUUAAUCGUCAGAAUAAAUUAAUUCUAUUGGAAUAUAUUCUUGAAGUGAAUGAUGUCUCUAAUCUCCAUGGAAUUCCAUUGCUUCCGGUCAAAAAUAAAACCUUUGCGACUUUUGAGUCAAAAGAUAAUCCUGAAAAGCUUUUUUAUAUUACUAGCAGAAAUGAGCAUAAACUUAAAAUUAUCGAUAAAAAGCAUUUUGAUUCAUUCAUCGAUAAUGAAAUUGACGAUUUGAAUUUAUCAAAAGAUUUAUCAAAAAACAAUAAGAUUUUAUCAAAAGACGAUAAGAUUUUAUCAAAUGAUUUAUCAAAAGACGAUAAGAUUUUAUUAAAAGACGAUAAGAUUUUAUCAAAAUUAAAAUUUUAUGCAAAAGAUGGAAAAAAUAUUAAUAUACAAAUUCUUUCAGAAAUUCAAUUUUUAACGAUUCUUAAGAGUUCGUUGGAAGGAUAUUCCGAAAAUUCUCAAGAAAUUCCAAUUAGAAACAACAAAAUUGAAUGGAUAUAUGAAAUUUGGGAUCAUUUGUUACAAACAAACAGAAAUUUAUCAAAUUUUGAAAACCUUCACCUUUUACCAAUCAAAAAAAGUUAUAAUAUUUUCUUGAGAAAAUUAAAAGCAACACCAAAAUGUUUAUGUCGCUCACCACGCAAUCAAAAUAAUAACGAUAUAUCAGUUAAUGCUUUGACUCAAAUAUUAAACCUGCUAGGCUCUACCUUUAUUAUUGAUGAUUUUGAAAAACAAAUUGCUUCAAAAUAUCAAAAACUUAAAAAUUAUUUAAUUGAGCCUGACAAUGUUACAGCAGUCUUAUUAUCACUCAGAGAAGAUAAGUCAUUUCCACGCAACAUCACUGAAUCUGAUCUUAAAUUUUCUGAUAAAAAUUUUUUGGUUAAAUACAUGAGAACUUAUUUGCAGAAUGAAUCUUAUUUUGACGCCAAGUUAAUAGAAGUGAUAAAAUAUUUUCCAAUUUUUACCACAUUAAAUAUCUAUGAUAAAUCUAUAAGCAUCGAUUCAAUAGCUAAAGUAGACCAUUAUUUACUACCUAAAGAAGAUGAAAAAUCAGCUGGGCGUAUUAUUUCAGAUUGUAUAUUUUUGGAAACUCAUACUUCUGACGACAUUAGUUUUCUUCUCGAAAAAGUACUCAAAGUUAAACGAUUAGAACAAAGAACGUAUUGGAAAGAUCAUGUCAUUCGACAUUUAAAUAAUCAACAACCUGAUAUUCAAGAUCAAAUGAUUGAAAAGCUUUUUCAGAGAUGGGAAAUUAUAAAACCAUUUCUAAGUGAUCUUUCAAAAAUAUCAUUUGUUACAACAUCAUCACAAAGGAAAACGCCAAAUGAAAUCUUUGAUCCUAACAACAUUCAUAUAAAAGGCUUAUUCUUUUCGAACGAAUCGUUUUUCCCGACUGGAAUUUAUUUAAAUAAUCAAGAUUAUCUUUAUAAAUUACGUCAACUAGGGAUGAAAAAUUUAAUGACUAUAGAGGAUUUAAUUAAUCGUUUAGAUACUUACGCAACAAGUAACACCAGUGAUCGAUAUUCUAAAUCUCUUGAACUGCUAAAAUAUAUUGAUGAUAAUUGUAAUGAUUUAAUUAACGACUCUUCAUUUCGCGAAGAAAUACAAAAUAGAGAGUGGAUCCCGGUUUUAAAAGAAAAUAAAGAAAAAACAUUCUUGAAAGCUUCAGAAUGUAGAGAUGAAUUACAUCAAAAUUUGGUCUCUUAUAUAAUACCAAUAGUUCAAUAUAAAAUUAAAAAUAAUGCUUUACGUCAAAUGUUUGGAUGGAAUGAUGAUCCUCCGGCACUGAAAGUAAUAGAACAAUUAUUAUAUUUAACAAAUUUGAUAAAUCAAAAUGGUUCUUAUUCUGAUAUGGGAAAUCGAAUUUACAAAAUUUAUGAUCACUUAAACAAUGUUGUUAAAAAUUCAAAUAACGACAUAAAUCUUUGGAAAAAUAAAUUAUCGGGAAAUAAAUGGAUUUUUAAUGAUGAUAAACUUUAUACAACCGAUGAAAUUGUGUUUUCUUCUAUAGUUAAAAGUGAUAUGGUUACACUUUCAAAUUAUAAUAAAAAUAAUUAUUCAAAACUUUUUCAUGAGCUUGGAGUUAAACACGAACAAGAUUAUUUUAAAUUACUUGCAAAUUAUAAAUUUUCGGAUAAAACGCAAAAAACUAUAAUUGACAUGAUCGAACAUUUAUCACAUACUGAAGAUGAAAACAAAUUAAAAGAAUUAUUAAUUCCAAACAUGAAUGGAAAUAUGGUCCCUUGCAAGGAAUUAUUUUAUGAUGAUAUGGACACAAGAGCUAAAGAUUCAGAUAAAGAUUUUAAUACUAUAGUACAUUCGUCAAUUUCAAGGGACAUAGCAAAGAAAUUAAAACUUCGAAAUUUUAGUGAAAUAUUCUUAAAAGGUAGAAUUGAUCUUGUUCGGCAAAAUGAUAAUGUAACUGCAACCUUUUUGAAAACUAUUCUCGAAAAAUUUGAUGAUGAAAAGAUUGUUUUCCAAGAAUUUCUCAAGAACGCGGAUGAUGCAGGAGCAGAACAAUUUUGUAUCAUUCUUGAUGAAUGUACAUAUUCAUCUGAAUAUUUAAUAAAAGAAGAUAUGAAAUGUUGGCAAGGACCAGCAAUAUGGAUAUAUAACGAAAAAGAAUUUUCUUUAAAAGAUCUUGAAUCACUUAAUGACAUUGGUAGGUGUGUCAAGGGACCUGACGAAAUUGGAAGGUACGGAUUGGGAUUUGCAUCAUGUUAUAAUUUUACAGAUAUGCCACAAAUAAUAUCAGGAUGGAAAAUAAUAUUUUUUGACCCGCAAAGAAAAAUUUUUUCUGAUAAACAAUGUUAUGGCUCUAUAUUUGAUUUUGAGGACUAUAAGAGAGAAGAAAACCACAUAAUGAAAGUAUUUAAAGAUCAGUUUGAAUCCUAUCUAAACCUUGAAGGAUGUGGCUUCAAAGUUGACUAUAACAAAAAAUUUAAUGGAACAUUGUUUAGAUUGCCACUCAGGACAGUUGAAAGUCCAAUUUCUAACAAAGUCUAUACUGCGGAAUCUAGUGUUGAUAUUUUCGAUCGUAUUGAGAAAUUAUUAGACGUUAUAAAGAAAGAUGCAAUUUCCGAACUAAUUUUUUUGCGUAAAGUGAAAUCUAUUAAAGUGUUUAGGAAGAGGAGUUUAGAUAAUGCAAUGAAGCCCUUAUGGGAUACUGAAAUUAAAAAAAUAUUCACUGGCAAUCGUAAAUCACUUGGAAAAGAAUCACAAGUACUUAAGCUCGAAGUUCAAUAUAAUGAAUUUGCUAAACAAACCAGUGAAAAAAGUACAUCGAAAACAGUCAAAUGGCUUAUAUGUGCAACAGAAAAAGAUGAUAAAAAUUUAUGGAGUGCAAUUGCAGGAAUUAUUUCCAAGGAACAAGAUAAAGAAAUUUUCAACGGAAAAUUUUAUUCGUAUCUUUCACUUUCAGACUCUUCAGAACUUCCCGUCGUUCUACAUUCAAACGGUUGGGAACUUUCAUCAAAUCGAAGAAGCCUCGCACAAAAUAAUGAAAAUAAUACAAAAAUUUUAAAUAAUAUUUCCCAACUUCAUGUAAAAUUUUUUGAAGAAAUUGCGAAUAUUGGGCAGCAAGAGAAGCAAGAGAAGCAAGAGAAUGAAACCUAUCAAAUUAUUUCUCAAUUCUGGCCAAUUCCAGAAAUCGAAAAUGAUACAUUUAAAAUUAAAGAAUAUGGUCAAAAAGUAGUCGAAUAUUUAUGUAGAAAAAAUUCCGAGGUAUUUUGGUCACCAUAUAAUGGUGGCAAAUACGUUAACUUAAAAAAUAGUGUCUUUAUAAAUGAUGAAACGCCAGAAAAGAUUGUAGAAUUUCUAAAUGAACAUGAUCACCCUACAAUAAAAAUUAAACCCGAGCAUUUAAAUGAAUUUAAAGAAAAAAAAGGAUAUCGGCAAGUUAAUCCUCAACUUGUUCGAAAAAUCUUAAAAGAUGAUGAAUCUAUAUUAGAUGAGACGGGUAUAUCAUUACUCAAACGGUUUUCUUUGAAACACAUUCUUGAAGAUAAAAACCAUAAACGAGUUUCUUUACUGAAAUACAUUCUUGAAGACGAAAACUAUAAUGAUCUUGAAAAACUUUCUUUAGUUCCAUUAUUUAAAAAUAAAUUUGGAAAGUUUGCAACAGAAAAAAAUUAUACUAUCGCUACAUUAGAAGAGCUAAAUUUAUUUCCAAAAGCUGGAUUAGAAUACUUCAUUCCUGAUGGUCUAUUAAGUUCGUAUUCUUUGCAAACUAUAUUUUAUAAAAAUGAAUUUCUCAAAGCUACAAACAUUCAAAAAUUUGAUGAAUCAACAAUUAGACGUUUUCUACAGCAAGAGCUACCUCCUAUAUCAGAAAGAGAUUGGAAUCCAUUAAGUUUAACAAUUCCAAAUAAAAAAUGGCUUAAUGAAAUAUGGUCCAGAAUCUUAAAUCAUUCACUAGCACCAUAUAGACCUUUUCCCUUAUUAGAAGUAUACGACCCAAGUAAACAAGACCAGCACCAGUUGAUUAGCUUAGAAAAUGCAGCAUGUAAACCUUUAUUAGUCUACCCCGUUUAUUUCGAAUACGGAUUUGAUAUAACUCAGACAUUAAUAAAUAUUGGUAUUCGAUUUACUAAACAUAAAUUUGAUGAGAAACUCAAUGAAUAUAUUAAAUUAUUACAGCCAGAUAAUAUAUUAAAUGUUAUUGGAAAAUAUCAAUGCAUUGAAGAUCAACUUAUUAAUAAGAAAAAAGAUAUAGAGAAUUUAUGCCAAUAUUUUACUACGAAAUUAUUACCGUCAGAUUAUCAGAAGUGUGUUAAUAAACAGAUAUUCGAACAAUUGCCUAUCUGGUCGAUACAUACUUUAGGUUCCAAAAAUCCAGUAUUCAAAUCAAUUUCAGAUCCUAAUACAUAUCUAGUUCCUUCAGGUAAAAAUUCUUCGAGUCCAUUCACAUUUUUUCCACAAAAUCAAAAUAGAACUUUUUAUUACAAUGCAACAUAUGAGAGUCGAAAAUUAUUAGAAGCUGCAGGUGCCAAAAUACAAAGUAGAUUAAACUAUUAUAAAGAAACUUUUGUUCAAGAUAUGAAAGAGAUUCUUCCCCAUCAACGAAAUUCUUACUCAGAACUUUUAAUUGAAAUGUUAUGUGAUACCGAAAACCUUGAUGCGAUUAAACCUUAUAUAAAGAAUUUAAAAAUUUUUCCAGAUGAAAAAUACCAACUUUAUGUUGCAAGAGAUUUAAAUGAUCAAGACAAUCAACUACUUCAAAUUAUUUAUAAAAACUCUAAUCGAUUUCUUCCUAAAUGCAUUCAAAGCAAUCAAGAUUGCUUAAAUGUACUUGAAGAAUUAGGAUUUGUAAGAAAAGUUACUCCGGAAAUUUUUAUCAAAUGUGUCAUAUAUAUUCAAAAUUUGUUUAAUGAUUUUAAUAACCAUAAGAACAUUAUGAUUAAAUUGGAUGAUCUUAAAUAUUUAGGAAGAACUGCUCUUACCUAUUUUUAUAACAAUCAAUCUACACUAAAGUUUUCAGAAGACGAAUGGGAGGAAUUGUCAAAAAUCAAAUUCAUACCAAUCUCAAAGAGCCUUUUAAAAUAUCCGUACUCAUAUAGUAGUAACAAAAAUAUGAAAGAGUUGGAAUGUUUUGAAAAUUUAUGUCUUUCAAAGUACAAAAAUUUCGUAUGGACUCAAUUAGCAUUUUUUGACAUUGAUCCAACUGAGGAGGUUAUAGAAAAUUACAAGGACCUUGGUCAACCAACUGUUUCAAAUAUUGUUAAUCAUUUAAAAACAAUUCAAUCCACAAUAUCUAAAUCUGAAGAUUGGGAUCAGAAGGGUGAUGAAUUAUUUGAUAUAAUUAAACAAAUUUACGAAAAAUUAGAUUCAUUAUGUGAUGAAAGAAAUGAUGAUUUAAAGCAAAUAAAUGAUGAUUUAAAGCAAUACUUUUCGGACAACCCUCCACUCUUUUUAAAUGGGGAAAACCCAUUCGAUUCAGAAAUCUGGACUCCUGCUUCACAUCUAGAUAUAACUAUCAAAAAGGAUUUUAAUGCAUACAGAAAAGCUACCGCGGAAUAUCUUAAAAACUAUGAAAAGCUUCUAAUUUUAGCUGGUGCGAAAAAAGGAUCAAAAUUACCGAUAAAUGGGAGACCUGAAAAUUUUGAAGAAAAGAAUGCACAGCAUUUAAUUAAUUCAAUGAUUGAUUCUUUAUGCAUUGGAGAAAACACAAAUGAACUUAAUGAUGUCUCAUUUGACGUUAAUGGGCAAAAUUUUCAUGCAAAUUCAAUGGUUUUGAGUUGUGCAGCAUCAUACUUUAAAACAAUUCAACAAAAUAGUUUUGAUGAUGUUGACCCAGAUUCAUUCAAUAUUUUAUUGCGAUGGUUAUAUGGUGAAUCACUAUCUCAAGCUAUAAAUAAUAUUGGAAGAAAAGAGUACGAUGAUGAUUUUAUUCAAAUUUGUAAUGAUUUGUUAAAAUUAGCAAAGAAAUUUGAACUUGAAUCACUUAAACGAUUGAUUGAACAGAAAUUAUUUGCACAUCUUGAUUUUAAUUUGAAUGAAGAUAUUCUUGAAAAAGUGAAGUCUCUGGCUGCAAGCGAUGAAUAUAAAUUAAUUGAUCUUUCAAAUCAUUGUGAUAUAUUAGAAAAAGAAUAUUACUGA